AUGUCGAUGAUCUUUGAUGAAUACGGUCGUCCUUAUAUAAUCCUGCGUGACCAGGAUCAAAAGGAGCGCAUUAAGGGUGUAGAAGCUAUCAAGAGCAAUAUUCUUGCAGCACGUACUGUCUCCAGUUUAUUACGUACGUCACUCGGUCCUCGUGGCAUGGACAAAAUGAUGGUCAGUCAAGAUGGUGAUGUCACUAUUUCGAAUGAUGGAGCCACUAUUCUGGAACGAAUGCAAGUUGAACAUCGAGUAGCACAUUUACUUGUGGAACUAAGUAAGUCACAGGAUGAUGAGAUUGGAGAUGGUACAACUGGUGUUGUUGUACUAGCUGGCGCAUUACUGGAACAAGCAGAGAAAUUAUUGGCUCAUGGUUUACAUCCUAUGCGCAUUGCUGAUGGGUUUGAAGAGGCUUGUGAGAUUGCUUGCAAGCAUUUAGAGACGAUUGGUGAUGUUAUUCAUUUUACAGAGCAGGACUCGACACCUUUGGUGGAAACAGCUAUGACCACACUUUCCUCCAAGAUUGUUAACAAGUAUAAGCGUCAGAUGGCACAAAUUGCAGUGAAUGCAGUCAUGAAAGUGGCCAAUUUUGAGACUAGGGACGUUAACUUUGAUUUGAUCAAGAUGGAGGGCAAGCCUGGUGGAACUCUAAGCGAUACAGCACUUAUUAAUGGUAUUGUCAUUGAUAAGGACUUUUCGCAUCCACAAAUGCCCAAGGAAGUCAAAAAUGCCAAGAUGUGUAUUCUGACGUGUCCUUUUGAACCACCAAAGCCCAAGACGAAGCACAAACUGGACAUUACAAGUGUUGAGGCUUACGAGACGCUUUAUAAGCAGGAACAGGAGUACUUUGCCACUAUGAUUAAACAGGUUAAGGACAGUGGCGCCAACUUGGUGAUUUGUCAGUGGGGUUUUGAUGAUGAGGCCAACCAUUUGCUGCUGCAAAACCAACUGCCUGCUGUGCGUUGGGUUGGUGGUGUUGAGCUGGAACUUAUUGCUAUUGCUACGGGUGGACGUAUUGUGCCGCGGUUUUCGGAGCUGACGGCCGAGAAACUUGGUCGUGCUGGUACUGUGCGUGAGGUUGCUUUUGGUACCACAAAGGAACGCAUGUUAGUGAUUGAGGACUGUGCAAGCUCGGACGCUAUCACGGUGCUGGUCCGCGGUGGUAAUAAAAUGAUUGUGGAGGAAGCGAAGCGCUCGUUGCACGAUGCCAUGUGUGUAACGCGCAACUUGAUUAAAAACAACCGCAUUGUGUACGGUGGCGGCGCUGCCGAGAUUGCAUGCGGAAUUGCCGUACGAGACUAUGCCGAUAACACGACUGGCAUUGAACAGUACGCUAUCCGUGCUUUUGCCGACGCUCUCGAGGACGUUCCAAUGGCUCUGGCUGAAAACAGUGGUUUGAGUCCGAUUGAUUCGCUUUCAGCCGUGCGCGCGCAGCAAAUUGCUGAGAACAAUCCGCGGCUUGGCAUUGACUGCAACUCGUCCGGUACGAACGAUAUGAAGGAGCAGCAGGUAUUUGAAACGCUCAUUGGUAAGCAGCAGCAGCUGCAGCUUGCUACGCAGGUCGUGCGGAUGAUCCUCAAGAUUGAUGAUGUCAUUAUUGAAGGCUCAUAUGCAUAG